AGUCCCAACACAGAGACAUGAUGAGAGGUUUCUGGCUGCUGACGCUGCUGCUGGCUGCGAGUCACGCUGAGAGGCUCUUCAUCGGGGAUCAGGUCAUCAGGAUCAAUGCGGAGUCAGAGGAGCAGAUCAAACUGCUGCAGGCCCUGGAGACCAGAGAGGAGCUGGAGCUGGACUUCUGGCUCAGCCCGGUCUCCAUGGAGCUGCCCGUCGACAUCAGAGUGCCGAGCUCCAGCCUGAGCUCUGUGAGCGAGAUCCUGAACGCCAACAACAUCGCCUACUCCGUCCUCAUCAACGACCUGCAGGAGCGUCUGGAUGAGGAGAAGUUCGAGAUGAUGGAGAACCACAUCAAGGAGCGCAGCGGCAGCAGCUUCAACUUCGGAGCUUAUCAUCGUCUGGAGACGAUCUACAGCUGGAUGGACACUCUGGUGUCUGAGUACUCCACUCUGGUCACCAAGCUGGAGAUCGGGAGGUCGUAUGAGAACAGGCCCAUGUACGUGCUGAAGUUCAGCAAAGGAGGAAACAAGCCGGCCAUCUGGAUCGACACAGGGAUUCACUCCAGAGAGUGGGUCUCUCAGGCCACCGGAGUGUGGACCGCCAACAAGAUUGCCACAGAUUACGGUAGGGACGCCUCCCUGGCCUCCCUCCUGGACAACAUGGACAUUUACAUGCUGAUCCUCGCCAACCCCGACGGCUACGACUACACACACAACAACAAUCGUAUGUGGCGUAAGACCCGCUCAGAGAACCCCGGCUCCAUGUGCCGCGGAGUCGAUCCCAACAGGAACUGGGAUGCAGGCUUUGGUGGCCCCGGGGCCAGCAGUAACCCCUGCUCUGACUCCUACCACGGCCCCUCAGCUCACUCUGAGAUUGAGGUGAAGAACGUGGUGAACUUCAUCAAGAACCACGGCAACUUCAAGUCCUUCAUCUCCGUCCACGCCUACUCCCAGCUGCUCAUGUACCCGUACGGCUACUCCUGCAAGAACGCUGCCCAUCAGGCUGAGCUGGAUGCUAUUGGCACAGCAGCAGUGAAGAAACUCACUUCCCUCCAUGGCACCAGAUACAAGGUUGGAAGCAUCUGCAACAUCAUCUAUCAAGCCAGCGGCGGCAGCAUCGACUGGUCUUACGACGAAGGCAUCAAGUACUCCUUCGCCUUUGAGCUGAGGGACACCGGUAACUCUGGUUUCCUCCUGCCGCCCACUCAGAUCAUCCCCACCGCCUCCGAGACCUGGCUGGCUCUCAAACACAUCAUGGAGUACGUCCGUGAUCAUCCUUAUUGAUCUCAGUAACAUGAGAAAGGAGGAUGUACAUUAAAAUGAUUUGACACAGAAUAAAUGUCUCAUCUUUCUUUGCUGAUUUAUGAACUUCUGUCUUCAACAUUUAACAAUAAAGUCAUGAAUAUAUAGUUUGUCU